AUGUGCGGAGAGAAACUGCCAGUGGCAAAUGCGCCGCACAUCCGCGCGCAAGGCCCCGACUCCGCGAAUAUCGCGAAGAGCCAGGCGGAGGAUGCGGUGACAGGUAGCGUAGAGCCGUCAGGGCUGCGCGCGGAUUGCGGUUCGGCGCUCUCCGGCUCGUCACUGGACCUGCUGAACGACGCCGCGCGGUGUGAAGGCUGCGGCGGCGACACUAAAGAGGGAAGCACGGGCGAGGCGGCGAGGCCAAGUCACGUGCUGGAGAUGCUAUCGGCCGCCGUGCAGCAGCAGGAGUUCGUGGUCGUAGGCGGCGAUGACGCCCGUCACACCACAGAAUGCGCGCCGGCCGCCGUCCACGUCGGAUCGAACCACCACGUCCUUCAGCCCGCCGCACGUCUACAGUCCGGCGGGAGUCACGUUAUAGUAACCCCCCAGAAGCGGCAGUGGAACCCGCCGCCCCUCCCCGCCAUGGGGCUGAAGCUGGCGGACAUCAAGCGCGUCAUCGGCCUUAAGACCGCGCCGCCCACCAAAAAACCGCGCAAGGGCGAGUCAGUAAGUCCGUCGUCCGCGGCGGCGCAUCACGCGGCGGGAACCUCAUCGCUGGCGCAUCGCCUGGCGGCGGUUCUCCCCGGCCACGCACAGCACCACUCCGCCAAGCCGCCUCUCCCCCAGUCAUCCGCGACACUCUCCGACGCGCCUAUCGCGCCGCACGCCGUCUCGUGCAGCCCGUGCGCCGACACGCCUUCCGCGCUUGCGUGCGCCUCCGGCGCCUCCCUCCCAUGCCGAGGCGGAGAGACGCUGGACGACGUAGCGCGCCAAAUGCACUCGUGGCCCGGCCGCGCGAUGAAGUGUGGCUCGCCGGCGGGCGGCGCCUGCGGCGGUGGACUGAACUGCACGGUGGACUGCAAUGGUCACAUGGCCAAGGCGCACGGCGCACUGCCUUGCGCGCACUCACCCGAUGGUGCGGGGGAGCCCGUUUGCGCGGGAUACGUGGGAAUGGCGGCGCGCGGAUUGGCGCAGGGCGACGCGAUGCUCAUGUGUCCCGGAUGUACCACGAGCAACGCCACGGCGCCUGGAUCCGACGGCCCCUGGCCCACUGCCGCUGGACACUACCACGCUUCCAGCCACCAACAUGCGGACAUGCUAUGUGGCGCCGCGCCGCCAUACUCUGCUCGCUUCCCCAUGGGCAUGGGCAUGGGCAUGCUGUCCAGUUCCCCCAGCAUGGACAUGGACGCUCUUGGGAAUCCCAUGUGCAUGGAACAGCACAUGCCGAUGGGUAUGGGCAUGGAGCAACACAUGGGCAUGGGGAUGAACUUGGGUACGUCCAGUUCCAUGGGCAUGGGCAUGGACGCCCUUGGUAACCCCUUGAUGCUCCCGUGGCAGCACCACGCGUUGCCCAUGGAAUGCAGUUGCUGCCCGCCAUCAGCGCUUGCAGGGGCGCCAUGGGAAGCGUCACUGUCGCCAUCAUCAACACCAGCACCACUCUCCUCUCACUCCCUGCACCCCGCCAUGCGGCUGCCCUCCUGCAUGCCCGGCACUGGCAGUGACCCAUGCGGCACACCGGAGGCAUCUGCUAGCGCCCCCUGUACCAUGACCAGUGGCCUGGAGGCGAGACUGGCUGGCGCGCUGGCAGCAGACACAGCAGGUAGCGCGGGAAUGGCGGGCGUGGUGGGCACGGAAAAUGGGGGGGACGCUACAGGGCUGUGGUGCUCUGCGGACGGUCUGGCAGAGGCACGCAUGGGAGGGGCCAUGGGGGCCGUGAGUGAGAAGGUGGAAGAGGACAGGGACAUCAAGAGGAAGGAGUCCAACCGCGUGUCUGCUCGCAAGAGCCGCCAACGACGGCAGCUGCAGAUGGAGAGACUUGAGGGAGAGGCCCUGCAGCUUCGAGACACCAAUACAGCACUGACACAGCAAGCACAGGAGGCCGAGUCGCGUGUAGAGGAGCUGAUAGGCCAGCAGAAAGAGCUGCAGCAGCAGUGUGAAGCGGUGAGAAGGCAGCUCAAAGCUGCCGGAAAUUGCAGACAAGAGGAUGCUUAG